AUGUCAGACCACGAGUUCGGAGGCAACGACGAUCUCUCCUUGCCCAAGGCCACCGUCCAGAAGAUUGUCACCGAGAUCUUGCCCCCGGCCGACGGCAUCGCCUUUGCCAAGGAUGCGCGCGACCUGCUCAUAGAGUGCUGCGUCGAGUUCAUCACCCUCAUCUCCUCCGAGGCCAACGAGAUCUCCGAGAAGGAGGCCAAGAAGACGAUCGCCUGUGACCACAUCACCAAGGCGCUCGAGCAACUCGGUUUUGCAGACUAUGUGCCUGCUGUUCUGGAGGCCGCCGCAGAGCACAAGGAGGUGCAAAAGGGACGAGAGAAGAAGGCGAACAAGUUCGCCAACAGCGCCAUCUCCAUGGAGGAGCUCGAGAGGAUGCAGCAGGAGGCCUUUGCGGAUGCGGCGAACCGCCACGCUUGA